UGCAAAGGUGGCGUGUGCCCUAAUGUUUGAGCUCUCGUUGCGAUCGUAGUUCGUAUCUUUUAAGCGCAGAAUGCUCGUCUCCGAAUUCAAACUGUGUCGGAUGCUGUGUCGGAGGGUUCCCGGAGUGUGGAUAGCACGAACUGGCCAGACUGCGAGGUGUGGCGAACCCUCGAACACCGCCGGACCCAGUGAUGGCUCGAGGUGUUUCUACUCGUCUCUGCCCCCGGGUCAUCAAAUGAACGUUUUCGACAGAAAGGCGAAGACGCGCCACAAGACCCUGGCGGCCCUGGACAAGGACGUCGAAGUGUACGACUACCUCAAAGACGAGGUUGGUUAUCGGUUGGCUGAUCGGGUCUAUGACAUUAAGAGAAAGUUCCCAAGAGCUGUGGAGCUGGGCUGCGGUCGAGGCCACGUGUCGCAUCAUUUGGACUCUGAAGCCGUGGAAUCCCUCGUCCUGUGCGACGCGUCUCGAGAGUGCCUCAUACGCUGCAAGGUGCCUAAAGACGUGCCCGCAACGAAGCUUGUCGUCGACGAAGAGUUCCUUCCAUUCGCAGAGAAUUCUGUCGACAUCUUUCUCAGCAGCUUGAGUCUCCACUGGGUCAACAAUCUUCCCGGCACAUUCAAACAGGUGUGGAACGCACUUAAGCAGGAUGGUGCCUUUCUGGGAUGCGUCUUCGGUGGUGACACCUUGUACCAGCUGAGGGGCUCCUUGCAGCUUGCGGAAACGGAACGUGAAGGUGGAUUUGGUGCCCACAUAUCCCCGUUUGUCCAACCUACGGAUUUGGCUGCCCUUCUGAACCACGCUGGCUUUGUACUACUUACGAUAGACUCCGACGAAAUGACAGUCAACUAUCCGACGGCGUUCCAUCUCAUGGCCGACCUCAAAGGCAUGGCCGAGAACAACGUGACGUGGAACCGCAAGUCUCACCUACACAGGGAUACGAUGGUCGCAGCGGCGGCGAUUUACCAAGAACUCUAUGGCAAUGAGGACGGAUCUAUACCGGCCACGUUUCACAUCUUGUCCUUUAUCGGCUGGAAGCCAGACCCAUCACAGGCCAAGCCAGCAAAGAGGGGAUCUCAAACUGUGUCAUUGAAGGAUUUAGGGUCUCUCUUAGAUCCGGCCAGCAAGACAUAGUCUCACCUUCGGCAAGGGACAAGUUCCAGAAUGUGUAGUACUAUAUAGGUUAUUUAGACUGAUUUAUCAGCGCAAAACAGACGGAACAUUUAGAAAAGACACGUACACAGCGCUGUGUGUGUGUGUGUGUCUUUUUUAAAUGUUCUGUUUUUUGAGCUGAUA